AUGCAGGGCUGGCACAUGCGCUGGGCUCAAAGAGACAAAGGGGCUAGGAUUUGGAGCAGAGGCGGAGAGGCGCUGGGCCUUGCGCGUCGUGGGCUUGCACUGGGCAAGCAGGCCGUGCGUGCUGAAGCUGGAGAACCGGGCCAGGCUGGAGUCGGGCCGCAUGCGUGCUGGGCUGCGUGCGCUGGGCUGGAAGGACUGACGGGCUGCUCAUGCUGGGCUACUUUUUUUUUCUUUUCUUUGUUCGUUGACUAA